AUGGCGGAGAAAGAAGAACGCGAGUUCCGCGAGAAGGCUGAAACCACGACGAAAGAGGGGGAGCAAACUUCGGAUACGAAGCCUUCGGCGAAAAAGUCUAAGAAAAAGAACAAAAAGCACAAGAAAGAAAGAACCUUGAUCGUUGCUCUGCUGAUAGCAUUUUUCUGGCCAUACAAUGAGGUUGUGACAACCACCACCAGCGGUAGUAUCACCGAUGCUGCCACGGUGACACUUCCGCCGCCGUACUCAAAGAUAUACGAGUGUUCCACCGACGUCUGCAAAGCCGAAGGCGCGUACUUGAAGUCGCUUCUUAGUACAGACAAAAAUCCCUGCGACAACUUUUAUGAGUACGUGUGCGAUGGUUGGAGUAAAGUGCACCCGAUUCCGGGCUCGGGAGCUGGUGGCGUCCAGUCUAUGGACACGAUGCUACAAGACAGGCUCGUGGUCAAUCUUGAGCCCGUGCUGCUGGGCAUGCCGGACACGGACGUCAGGGUAGCUGCUGAUCUGCACGGGGGCUGCUUGAGACGGGAUCAGGUCGGAAACGAUGGCGACACAGUUGUCGGAGUUGCCCGGCAGUUCUUCCGUGACUGGGUAAUCAAAGAAUGGCCGGUUCUCAAACCCGAUGCAGUCACAACUUCGGUGGCCUGGACGUUUGCAGGAGAACUAGUGCGGGACCUUAACGUGGCCGCUUUGGCCUCCGUCAGCGUCGGCGUCAGCCCCAAGGUGCUCGAAACCGCGGCCAUCGAGCUUGAUAAACCACGCCUGCUCUUCUCUUGUAACGACGCGUCCAGGCCUGCCGUGACGGAACUGUUCAGUGCCGCCCUCAAGGAAAUCAUGACUAGGUUCUCCGCGGCGUCCGGCAAGAAGCACAUCGACGAGGUCAUGAGGGUCUUCAUACGCAUCGGUUCGUCUCCCGCGUCUGCCGCCAGCCCUGACACCGGUCCUCUAUCCUACACGCUAAUCAAGCUCAUCGACCUGGACACCGGCUACAAGUUCUUCCUCGAACGUGUUUUCAGCGGCAUAAUCGCCAUCGACGGCACGACCGAAGUGGUGCUCAAGUCUGCCGACUACAUGCGCAACCACCUGACGUCGGCCAUGCAGGAACUGCCGGCGCACGCCGUGGCCAACUAUUUGGGCUUCGUGGCGCUCGCCAAGAUGGCGCCUUUCUUCCCGGAAAAGUUCGCCAGCUUGCGGCAGGUCUUCGCCAAGGACGUGCUCGACCGCACCCUACCAGACGUCUCGCAGACCAAGACCCUCUGCCUGCUGGCGGUGCAACAGCUGCUGCCCGGGUGCUUCGCCAAGGCGGCCGUGAACCUUCGCGGCAUGUGGCACACCGACCUGCCCCUGGCCGACUGGCUAUCCCGGAUGCAGACCUCGUUCGGCCGCCACCACGAGUUGGUGGCCUGGAUCGACGAGCUGUCGGCGCUCAUCGUGCGCUACCGGCUCAAGAGGAACCGCAUGGCGAGCUUCCGGGACGCAUCUUCGGAGCCCUGCGCUCCGGCACCGAGCGAGAUACCUCGCCGCAGUGAGCACCCACUGCGUUUCUUCCACCAGGUGUCCAUGCUGCAGGAGCAGAAGCGGCUCCAGGCGAUCCUCAAGAGCGGCCGCGACGUGCUGGCACUGAGGGGCGAACCGCGCUCCGAACUCGCCACGGUGCCGGAGUACGAGGUGAUGCGCCAACUGGUGCACGUGUCCAUGGCGCUCUUCAACACGUCGGUGCCGGCCAACAGCACCAUGUUCGCCUUCCAUCUGUCCAGGGUGGCCGUCCGCUUCUACCGCGCCCUGGUGCAGCUUCUCUUCCCCAACAUCUACGAGCGAAACGCCCCGAUUGCGCUCAACGACGUCACCAGGCGGCAGCUCGAUCGCCUCCUCUCCUGCUUCGAGGAUGACCUGCGCCGGUUGCCGGCAGCCCUGCGCGGCCCCGUGUCCGUCGAUUCCACAAAGUCCAGGGCGGCCUUGCUCCAGCACGUGGCGGCCAUCAAGCUCGCCCUGCGCGCCUUCGACGACCACUUGAACGUGCGACGUAUUUGGCGGGUCGACUUCCGGUUCAAGGACCUUCCCAACAUGACCUCGGACGCCCUGUUUUUUCUGUACUACGCGCUAGACAACUGCGAGUCGGCGGACAGCGUCUACGCCGAACACCGGGGCCACUGGCUUCCCGCGCACUACCGCGUCAACGCGGCGCUGCGGCACGUCGACGAGUUCGCGCGCGAGUUCGGCUGUGCGCCCACCACCGGCAUGGCGCCCAAGACGCUCACGUGUAACGUGCUGAAGCGGCACUAG